GAGCCCGGAGGACUAAGAUGACGAGUAAGCGAGACCCGAAGGCCCAAACGAUGGAAGGAGAUCAAGGGGCUAACAGGAUGAAAACGCAGACAGUCCAGUUAUUGCCAGAUGAACAGCUAGUGGCACUACAUCAACAGAUGGUAGAAAAAGAGGUAUCCUAUCAACACAAACUACAGAGUUCACAGGAAGCACAGCACAGGCAAGCAGUCCUUGUACAGAAGCUACAGGCAAAGGUGAUACAAUAUCGGAAUUGGUGUCAAGAGCUAGAACAGCAACUGGAAUUGAGCAGAGGAUCCUGUCCACAUCAGUGGGAUCACAAAGAAGACCAUAGCCUGGAGAAAGCACUAAUCCAGUUGGAAGAGGAACAGCAGAGAUGUGAAAAUUUAGCUGGGAUGAACAUUUUGCUCCGGGAGCACCUGGACAAGGCCAGUGAGGUGAAUGAAGCUCUCAGAGAAGAUGUCAACAAACUGACAACUGAUUGGAUAAGGGCCAGGGAGGAAUUGGAGUGCAAGGAGAGUGAAUGGCAGAAAGAACGGGAGCACUUUGAAAGUUAUAUGCGAGCAGAACAUGAUUGUAUCCUUGGUAUAUGGCGUCAGGUGGUGACCUUACGCCGUUAUUUCCUGGAGAUGAAGACAGCAACUGAAAGAGACCUGUCUGAGUUACAUGCUGAGCAAGUAAGGCUUUCUGGCACUAUAUUUGUCAAUUGCUUCCGCCUAAGCUCUGAACAACAGUCUUGGGAGACUAGGCGAUUUGGAAGCUCUGACCCAAAGGGUCAAAUUCAACAGCAGCAAUUUGGUGUGAAGCCUGAGAACGUUGACCUGAAUAAAGAUAUUUGCCAGAAAACACAAGCAAUUGUCAGCAGAGACUUGGUGAAAGAGGAUCUUCAGAGCAGGGUGAUGGAGCUUACUACAUUACUUGAGCAGUCUCAAAAGCAGAAUGAGGAGAAGGAGAAGACAAUGAAGGCUCUUGGAGACACCGUGGAGAUUCUGGAGGCUAAUCGUUUGGAGUUAGAAUAUGAACAUUCACUGGUUAAAGAUGCAAAUGAAGAGAUCCUUUCCCUUCAACAUGUGAUAAAAGAAAUAAUAAAAGUUGUGAUCAAUGACAGCAACCCAACUCCUUCCAACCCACAAGCAGAGAACUAUCCUGAUCCCUGCAGUUUCUUGCAGAUGAAUGCCUGUGACCCAGAGGGUGCCCUUGUACUAGUACGUGAUGUGGUAACUCAGAGGAGCAGUAAGAUGCAGCACCUGAAGCACCAGCUCUUAGCCAGUCAAAAUUCUGUCAGCUGUCUGGAGAAACAACAAGAGCAGCAGGAACAACAAUGUAAAUUCCUAAGAGAGAGGCUUCAGCAGCUGGAAGGAGAGCAAGACACUCUCACUAGCCAACUGCAGCAUUUCCAGUCCAUGGUAGAGACUCUCCGCAGUGGCCAUGCAACCCUGGAGAAGUCCAAGGAAGAACUGCAACAGCAACUAGAACUCCUGGAACAGGAGGCCCGACGCUUACGUCAAAGCAACACUCAGCUACAGCUGAAAGGCGACACAGAGGACAGGGAGAAAGAAGACAAGCUGCAGGAAAUGGAAAGGGUGCUGCGAGACAGGGAGUACAUCCAGAUACAUUUAAAUGCCCUUGAAGAAAAGCAUUCAAUAUUGAAGAAUGAGUUGGUGUCUAAAGGAGAAGCACUGGAGAAGUCUCACCUCGAUGGAGAGCUUGUGAAGCAAGAAAAACAUGAACUUGCUUUGGCACUGGAGCAGGCUGAGCAAAGAGUUACAGAUUUAACCUUGGCACAAAAUAAACUGAUGGCAGAAGCUGCUGAUCUUCGUGAUAUAACUGCAAAGAUGAGUGCCCUUAAUGAGUCUCUAGCAUUGGACAAAGUGGAUUUAAAUCAACUUCUGUUGAAGCUGGAGCAGGAAAACCAAACCCUAUUGAAGAAAGUGGGUAGCCUGGAGGGAAUUAGGAUGUCUUCACAAAAGCAGCUCAAUCAGAGUGAAAGAACAAACAAGGAACUACAAUCAGAAAAGAUACAGUUGGAGCAGCUGUUACAUAAAGCUGAGGAGAUGCAAGAAGUUUUACAGGAUGAGUUGAAAGUUUUGAGAGCUGAACAGAAAGAGACACAUGAAGAACUCAGCAAGGCUUGUCACCAGCGAGGAACAUCUAAAACUGAUUUGGAACAAGCACGUCAGGAGCUGAGCCGUCUUGGAGAGAUGCUGGCUAAGAUUUCUAGAGAAAAGGAAUCACUCACGCGUGAGAAAGCAGCGUUGGAAGUUCGACUAGAGGCUGUUGAGCGGGAGAGAAGGACUCUUACAGAGCAGGUGGCAGAGUUCAGAUCAGCAAAGGAACUUCUGGAAUCAGGCCUGUUUCAGGCUCAGCAGCAAGUGUCCCAACUAGAAGUCAUCAAGGAUCAACUGGAAAUCCAAGUUCAGACAAUCAGCCAAGCUAAGGAAGUGAUACAAGGAGAGGUGAAAUGUCUUUGCAUUGAAUUGGAAGCUGAGAAGUCCAAAGUUGAGCAGGAAGAAAAGGACAAAGCAGAGCAACUGUUGGCGGCAGAGCAGAAGUAUCAAGAAACCCUCAGCCACAUUCAAAUUGUGCAUGAGGAAGAAAUGAACACAAUCUUUCAAGAGUUGGAAAGUGAACGGCAGCAGCACCAUAUAGAAUUACAGGUGGUGUUGGAGCGUGUGGCUAAGGAAAAAAAAGAGAUUGAAAGUGUCUAUGAGAGGAAUCUGUUGGAGCUGCAGCAGGAGAUGGUGCUAGUAAAAGAGAAUGAGAAGAAAUCUUUAAUAGACGAACUUGCCCAAACCAAAGAAGAACUGACCAGUACUUGCCAGCAGCUGGAGUAUCUCCAUCAGAAAUUGAAGAUGCAUGAAGAGCAGAAGCAGAGUGCUUUACAAGGUUUGGAAAAUGAACUUAAGGAUGCCCAAACUACCAUGGAAAUGCUGGGGGAAAAGCACAGGGAGGAGAUAAAAUCUCUCAAAGAAGAAAUAAACUUCCUCCUUCAGCAGCAAGAUGCUUUGCAAAGUCAGGUACAAGAUUUGGACUCCCAGCUCUCAAUGGCAAAAGAUUCUUGCCAGUUGAUUAGGAUGGAGGGUCAGCAACACUUAAGAGAGGUGCAAGAACUGACCAAACAGAAAGCACUAGAAGUUGCAGAACUCCAGAAAAAGUUGGAAGUUGAGCGGGAACAGCGAGAAGAGAUGGAACAUCAGAACACUGAGUUGCGGAGCCAGAAGGAAGAAGUGGAGCGUUGGAACACAGAACUGAGAGCUACACUGCAAAAACAGUGGGAGGAGGAAGAACAUAUGAACAAAGAGCUGCAGAACAAACAGGAAGAGGUGGAGCAUCAGUAUGCCAAAGUCCAAGUCUUAGAAAGGGAGUGGAAUCGGUGGGAGGAGGAAGAGCGUAAAAAUGUAGAGCAACAUGCUAUACUCCAGAAACAGUGGGAGGAGGCAAAAAGUCAAAAUAAAGAGCUGCAAACUCAAAAAAGAGAAGCAGAACUUCAGAAUGUGGAGCUGCAGCACCAGAAAGAAGAGCUGGAACGUCAGAAUGCAAAGCUCAAGUCUGUGCUGCAGAGACAGCAAGAGGAGGCAGAACAAGAGAACACGAGGCUUCGCAGCUGUUGGCAGGAGGCAAAACAACGUAACUCAGAGAUGCAGAGCUGGGAGGAGGAAAUUGAACGUCAGAACACUGAACUGCAGUCCCUUCUCCAUAGGCAGCAAGAGGAGUUGGAAUGUAAGAAUAUGGAGCUGCAAAUGAAACAAAAGGAGAUAGAUAAUCAGAAUGCUGCAGUGCAGAAAAUGAAAGGGGAGCAAAACCAAUGGGAGGAGGUAGAAUGCCAGAAUGCAGAGCUGAAGACAACAUUGCAAGCACUGGAACAGGAAAGAGCCAGCCUGGCUGUGUCCUUGAAGGAGAAAGAGGUCAAGCUCAAGAGGCUGGAAGAUAGUGACUGUGCCCAUCAGAGUGAAGUCACUAAACUGAACACUGCACUGCACCAAGCGCAGCAGUUGCUGGCUGACCACAGAAGAGAAGCACAGGAGCUCAGUAGCCAGAUGCAGUCAUUCAGGCAGACGAUGCUAGAGAAGGAGGCAGUCUUGAUAGCGAACAAGGAGAAACUGGCCCAGGACCUGGAAAAAUCACGUGCUAGUGAGCAGCUUCUAAGGGACUCUGUGAAGAUGUUGGAAGCUGAAGCAUCUCAGUUGCGCCUGAGCCUUUCUAGCACAGAGAGUAGGACAGAGGCACUGGCUUCAGAAUGUCAGCGUGCUUGUUCAGCCCGUUGGGAGGCAGAGUGCCAGUUAACCAAGUUGCAUUCUGUUCUGCAGUACCUGUUGUGUAGUAACCCCGAGGAAAAGCUGGAACAUGGGGGGAGAGGAGACCGACCCAUUUGGAGCUCCACUUCCUCUUGUAGAGAACAGGAUAAUGUGAGAGGGAUGGCCCUGCUUCAGCUCAAGGACCUUUCUACAGAGCUUACAGCUGAGAGAGUGGCAGAAGCAAUCCAGGAUCUUCGGCAGGAUGUCUGGCAUGCUCACCAAGAACGGGAUGAGAUAAGGAAGAAUUCUGAGAAACUGAAGCAAGAAUUAAGUGAAAAGGAAGCUGAGAGAGAUCGUAUCAAUGCCAAAACACAAGAGCUGCAAAAGUGGUUGAACCAAAGCCAGGAAGAAAAAAAGGUGGCUGAUGGCAAGUAUCUCUCCUUGGAGUCUGUCUUGAAGGUAGAGGUCAUUGCUUGCAAAGAAGAGAAUAUGACUUUGCGUGCAAAGGUGACCACUUUGGAGAAGUCUCUAGAGAGUGCUGAGAAGCAAAAGAAGGAUGCAUUGAAUGAACAAGACAAACUACAGAUGGCGAAGGAGAAGAUAGUAUGGGAGUUGGACCUUCUUCGGGAAUCUGUCACAGCCUCUGAGAUUCGAGCAAAUGCCAUGGAAAAGAUGAAUCAAUCCCUGGAGCAGGAGCUUCAGACUGUUCUUUCAACCCUCAAAAUUAAACAGGAGGAAGGAGAGACUCAACAGGAAAGACUCAUGACAUUACAGCAAGAAGCAAAAGUGGGAAAAGACUUGCAAGAAAAUCUAGAUCACCUAAUAGCCACUGUAACAAAGAGAGAUGAAGAAAUAAAAUCCCAUCUGAAACAGAUUAAGGAUCUGGAGAAGCACAGAGAAGUGCAAAAGGCUACUGUAGAACAUUUAACUAAAGAUUUAGAGAAGAAAGGUCAAGAAAUUGAAUCUCAAAAAAAACAAUUUGAAGAACUAGGGAAGCAGAAUAAAAUGCAGGCAGCUGCUCUAGAAAGACUAAAUGUAGACCUAAAAGAGAGCCUCCAAACUAUGAAAUCUCAAAAUGAAAAAGUCAAAAAACUAGAAGAGCUGACACAAAACCAAAAAACUGAAAUAGAAAGCCUCACCCUAACUCUAGAGGAAAAAGUCAAAGAAACUAAAAUCAAGGAGGAAAAAUUCCAGAUGAUGGAAGAGAAUGAGUCAUCACAAAUUGGAGCUUUAUUAAAAGAUUUAGAUGAAUUGAAAAUACAAUUGAGUGAAAAAGAUUGGGAGCUCACAUCUCAGAAGCAGCUGCUUCAAGAACGGGAAGAACAGGUGGAAAAGCAGGUAAAUGCUUUUCACGCAAGCCUCCAACAUAUGAAGGCCAUUCUUAGGGACAAAGAACUUGAGAUAGAAGCUCAGAAGGAACAGAUAACUAAUUUUCAGCAGUGUGAGGUUCAGAGGGAGGCACAACUUCAUGAGCUAUGUGAGAAAGUAAAAAAAGUAACAUUCACCCUGACUCAGAGAGAUCAAGAGCUUGAAUCACAAAAGCAGAAAGUAAGAGAGAUGGAAGAAGAAAUGGAAAUGGAACUAAAUGCUCUCCGUGAACUUGUAGCAAAGUCUCAAGAAACAUUAAAGGAAAAGGACAAAGAGCUGGAGUUCCAAAGGCAACAUGAAGAAAAAGUGGAAAGCCAGGUAAAAGAUUUACUUGGAUAUGUUCAGUGCAGCACAGCAGCACUAAAGGAAAGAGAUGAUAAUGUUGAGAGAGAGAACAUAAACCUCAAGAAACAAGAAGAUAAACUUCAGUUGCAGGAGACAAUUCUUGAAAUGUUGGGACGACUCAAAGUGGUAUUAAGGAGAAGAGAGCAAGAAAUUGAAUCUCUGAAAGAGGAGCAUGAGGAUCACAACAAAGAGACAGACAGACAGGUGAAGGAAAUGCAAGCUGAUCUUCAAGAAGCAAAACAAGCUUUGAGAAACACACAGAGAGAGUUGGAGUCCUUAGAGAAGGAGAACCACCAACUUCAGCAACAAGAGGAAGUGGCAAUAAUACAGACAAAGUCUAUCUUGGAGAAAUUGGAAUUUGCCAAAUCUUCUGUUCAAGACAAAGACCAAGAGAUAGAAUCCUUACAAGGACUUGUUCAGGAACUCUCAAAACUGACAGAGCUGAAAGAGAAUCAUGUAGUAAGCCUACAGCAGGAUCUAGAUAGAAGUAAUCAACUGAUAAAGGAGAAAGAUGAAGAAAUUCUCAAGCAGGCCAAGCAAAUUAACACUUACCUUCUUAAGAUAGAAACCACACAGGCAGAACUACAAGCAUGUAAGAAUCAAGCAAGUCGUUUUGAGAAAGAAAUUAAAGAGAGAGAACAUGAGGGAAACUUCCCAGAGUUCCAGCACAAACAUGAACAGGCAGAUAUACACUGUCUCCAAUUUGUGAUGACUGAAAAGGGGAAUGGGAAACAUCCCAGAGAAAAAGAGGAAAUUCUAGAAGAUCAGAGAGAAAAGGACAGGAUGAAUGGUCAGCGUGACAUAGAGCAAAAACAAAUUAAUGAUGGGGUUAAGGAGCUUCAGGAAAAUAUACAGUAUCUUCAGCACAUGUUAGAGAAGAAAGAUGAUGAGAUUAAGCAGGAGAGAGAGAAGGUCAAGCAACUAGAAGAGAAAAUUGGAGGCAAAGAAGAGGAAUUGUUGACGUGUAGUAAACAUCUGAAGCAGAUACUCUCAGCCCUGAGAUUGCAAGAUAGUGAACAGAACAAUGUACAGAGCCAUAUCCAAAAGCUUCUGGUGUUGAAGGAAGAAGAGGCAAUCAAGAGAAAGGCUUUUCAGGAAAAGGACCAGAAGUUAGAGUGGCAAAAGGAAAAAAUCCAGCAGUUGGAAGAGGAGAAAAGAGUAAACGAGGAGGAACUGAAUCGUGUAAUGACGAUUCUUAACCAGACUGAGAGUGCAGAGAUAGAAUGGAGAGAGAAAGCACAGAAGUUGAGUCUGUCCCUGUCCCAAAGUGAAGAGGCUCUGAAAGCCCUGAAGAAGGAAAUGGGUAUCAUGCAGACCAUGAUUUCAGACAGGGAUAAAGACAGGUUUCAUCUUCAGGAGCAGUUGAAUAGAGCUUUCAAAGCACUGGAGGAAGAGAGGGAGAUUACUAAAGCUCUAACAGGAGAUGUGGAUUUGCUUCCUAGAGAAAAUGGCACAUCAGCCACUAAAGAGGCUGGAGAGGCUCUUAAGAAAGAAGGAGAGCUGCUGUGGGUGAUCGAAAAGCGAGUCCUGUACAGGCGCCUGAAACUUCUACAGGAAGCAGUUGCCAGGCUGGAGAAUGACAAACAGGGUCUGAAGCAGCACAAUAUACAGCUGAGAGGUACACUAGAGCAGGUGGAACAUGAACGGAGGCGAUUGAAAAGGACCUGCGGAGACCUUUCUCUGAACUUCAGUCUCUCUCAGGCUGACUCAGGACCCCCAAAGGUUCCAGCCAUUGCAAAGGAAGAAGCUUUCUAUAAGCAGCUAGCAGACUUGCAAAAACAGGUGUCUGUGCUACAAACACAGCUAUCAUUAGAGCGGAAGCAGAAGAAGGAUUAUAUCGAUUGCUGUGCCAAAACAAGCCAGGAACUUUCCGGCUUACAUCAGGAACUUUCACAGUCUUUAAAUGUUGUAGCUCAGCAGCCUGAGGCUACUGUUCUAGCAUCUGAGACCCGCAAACUUGAUGAAACCCUGAACCACAGCUUGGCAGUGGCAAAUAUCAGCUGGGGUGGCAUCUUGUCAGAAAAACAACCAGUAACCUCAACACCCAGAACUGUCCAACAGAAAGAGUCAAGAUAGUAUGGAAGAGCUGAAGAAACCAAAGCAUUCCAGAAACAUAGCCAGGUCCAAAAAUCUGUGGCUAACAGGUCAAUUCUGAGAAUUUUUUUGGUCAGUAUAAAUUUCAGCCCAUACUGAACUGUGAAUAGAAGUAAAUCAAAUCUGCCAUGACCUUCCUUUCACUCACCCUUCCUAGGACCUAGUCUGCUAAUUUAAUUAUCCUGCAGCCUUUUUGGUUUCAGUUUACAUGUGAAUCCUUGAAAAUAUAACUCUAAAGUGUUCUGAAAGGUAUAGACUGAAACCAGUGAAGAUCAUGUGUAUGCAAUCAAGCUGUGAAAUAACAAGCUAUUUAGCUACAUUUUAAAUGAAGGUCUGUAUUUUGAAGAAUGUUGUCAUAGAACAAAAAUCUGAGCCAAGGAAUGAGAAGCAAUCUAAAAAAAACCCCUGCUUUAUACUUUCUGAAUUGCCAGUAGGAAGAGCAGAGGUUCAUUACAGAAACUCAGUUCUGAGGAAGGCUGAGCUCACUGAACACAUUGCCAGCAUGAUUCUGCAUUGAGAUUAAGAACAUAACGAGAUAGGUAUUUAGGAAAUGGAAGAGGUCCCAACCAAGAGUAUUAGCUUCGACAAAGCCUUUGACAAAGUAUUAGCUUCAGUUUAUUUUUUUAAUCUUAUUAGGAAAUGAGAUUUAUUUCAUAACUGAUGCCUUGCCAUGCUCUAAACAGCUCUAUAACUGCACAUUGUAAAUUGAGUUAUUUUUAUAUUUUUGUACUAAUUGUUAAUAUUUGUAAUAAAUAUAUUUUCCA